AAUACUGUUAGAGUGGGUAACAAGUGGCUGUUCUGUUCUCAAUCGCUCCGCGGAACACAAAUCGUUCAGAGAAUGGUGAUACUUUAAACAUGUGUUUAAAGACGUUUUGAUUCGAACAAGAAUAUCUUGUUUAUUCUUAUGUUUCCCUUAAAUUCAAGAACAUGGAUCCAGAGAAUACCAGAAAAGAAACAAUUAUAAAGGUAACAGAUUGGUUACGUGGAAUCUGGGAAAUGAGGCGUCAAACUGGUCCUGUUCAACAAUGGAUUGAUUCUAUACCAUCACCUAUAAAAUCUAGUCUUUCUAUAAAGAAUGAACAUCCAAGGGAACUGAUUGAAAAACCUAGUGUUUCAUCAACACCAACAGAGCCUAAAGACAUCCCAUAUUCUAUAGGAACAAAACAACCAAUUAUGACUGUAUCUGCACCUAUCAAUGUUCCUAAUGCAACAGCAAUGCAUACAACAGGCCUACCCAGCUCAUUGCCUCAUAAACUGGUUCGGGAUCCAAGCCUACAGUCUGAUAGCAGUCAUUGUAGUAGUGUGGAAAGUUUAUUAGAAUUAAGAAGGGCAGAUCCAGAAGCAAUUUUACUAGGUCUUGGAUUUGGUGGCUGUUCAAGCAGCCCACAAGAAAAUGGUUCCUUUUCUCGUAUACCAAAAAGAUUUUUGCAACCAUCAAAACUAAAAGGCAUAGCCAUUAAUGAUUUUAUGAAGCAACAACAAGAAACCAGUGAAUCUUUUGAUUCUGUGUCUUUGGGAUACAGAGGUUUGACAGGCUCACCGUACGUAGCACCAUCGGAAAUUGUACAAAAAAUUAUGCAGCGUUUACGAGAACAUGAAAGUCAUGAACUCGAUCCAUAUGCAAUGUACAAUUCGUUCGAACAAUACAGCCCAAUACAUUGCAGUGGUACACUUUCUGUAUUGUCUCCCGACAAUAGACAAUUUUUGGAACGACCACGUUCAAAAAGUCCCGAUAUGCGUAAUAAACGUAUGAUUAUCGGACAAAAGUCAUUUGCAUUUGGACACGAUGGUGACCUGAUCGAAAUCAAUCCUUCUGACGUAAAAAAGUCGUUUGAAGAUAAUCCAAAUGAUGAUCCUAAUGUCGUAGAAAAUUCAGAAGUAUCUAAUAAUACAGUAGAUAAUCACGAUAAAAUAUUUGAGCACAAAUAUGUUAAAGAAGUCGAAAAUGUAUUACCAAAACAAUUGUCGUUCGACAGCAGUAUGGAAUUUACUGAUCCUGACGUUAGUUUGCCAUUACAAAUAUCUGAAGAAAAUUCAGGUGUACAAAAUGAAAAGUUAGAUAAAGAUAUCAGCUGUAAAGAAGAUAUUCUUUCAAACGCAACUUUACAAAAUGUAUCUGAUAUUCGAAGGGCUAGCGAUGGAUAUUGCGAUACGAAACUUGAAAAUAUGUUAUCGAUAGUGCAAGAACGAAGACAUAGUGAUGGGUUUGUCCAAACUACCGAAUAUGGUAACGAAUCUAUUCUAACGAGAAAGAGAAAAACUUUGAAACGUCAAACUAGAAUAAGUGAUGUAGAUGCGAUAAACUACUGCAAUUUAAAAACGUGUACAUCCGAUACGGUGCAAUGCAAAGAAUUGGAAUGUAACUUGGACAAAAAUGCACACGAUGCUUGUAAGCACAAAUGUGUACAUAGCGUUUGCACAAAGGCAAUUCGAAGUGUUGAUGACAAAUUAAGAAACGAAACGAAAAAUGAUGACGUAGUACAAUGUUCGCGAACAUUCCACGAAGAAACACAUAAAUGCAUGCAAUCUGUAGACGAUAGUAUAAAUAAAGGAGAACGAGAUAACAGUGAAUGUUGUGUUGAGAAAACUCAGCCUGUAGAUACGGAGGAAAGGACAACUUGUUGCUGCCAUUCUGGUCCUAAAAAAUAUUGGAAGAAAAUGGAAAAAAUUAUUCAAGAAAAUAGAAAUUUGGAAAAUAUGGUAACAAAAAAUAGGAGAGAAAUGGCAGAAAUUCGAGAAAUGUUAAGUAACGUGUUAUCUGUACGAUUAGAACCUGGUUUCUAA